CCCACGACAGCCGCGUCGAGGACUUGAGGCCUCCAAAUGUGGGUCGCGCUAACCCCUACGCCACCACGGCACGUCCGUCAUUUUUACACAUAAUCUUUUAGUAAGCUCAUUGUAUGCGUCACACUUUGAGCUCAGGUCACGGCAAAUCAACAGUUGUUUACAUGCAGUACCCUGCAGACAACAAACUGUGGUCCCUGGACCACCAGUGGUCCAGGGACCACAGUUUGAGAAAGACUGCUCUAAAGGGUGGCGCCUCCCCCCUCCAACCUCAGACACCUGUCUAAAUGUCAUAUCAGACAUUAAGACAGAUUUGUUUACUUGGACGGGUUGUACUGAAACAUGUGAAUUUUGCUCUGGGACUAAUAAAGUAUGUACAUUCAUUCAUAUUCAUUAGUAUUUUAACAUUUCUUUCAUCCCUUGAACAUUUGGUACAAGUUUGAUUUAACAUUUACCAUAAAACUACAUGUGAGAAGAAAUGCUAACAGACCAACAGGGUUUCAGUGGCUUGACAUGGCGGCAGAGUAAAGAUACUGUAGUGCCGUAUUACCAUAAAAAGUAAAACACAAACUGUUUGUAUUAAAAAACCACUGCAUAGGAUUCUGUCUUGGUGAUGCAGUGUUUGGGACAGUGACGGAAGGAAUAAAGUAUGUGAAAAAGAGCAAGAAAACUAGUUAAAAGUGUCUACUUGAAAGCUUUAAGAACUGUAGCAUUUUAAAUGGCAAUUUUUGUCAAACAUUGGUAAAUAAUUGCUCUGGUGAGUCACAAACAGACUGAUAGGGGUUUUCACGUCUCAAACGACUGACCUCAGGCCUCAUUUCUCAUUACUUGCUCAUCACUGUAUGAACGUCCAAAUGAAUCCUCACUUAAUGAUUUGAAACUGGAGCUGGAGAUUGUACUAUUGCUUUUUUUACUCUCAAGUUAUUUUGUGAUGGACUGAAAUACACAUUUUGUCAUGUUGUUUAAGAGAAUAAUCACCUGGUUUUCUUCCAUAAUUUGAUCUCAAUGUAGUUAUCCCCAAACAAAUGCUGAAUGUUGGCCAAAUCAAAGAAGAGGUGGAACUUCCUCUUCUGAAAAGGAACAAAAAAUACUAUGAAAUUAGAUAAAUAUGAAAUGUGACUCUCCUGAUUUGGUGUGUACUGCAUGUGAAUGGCCAGGAGAAUCGCACAUGACCUAAAUUACAAAAUCAUUUCAAUUCUUGUGAGAAAAGCCAUUCCAAAUUUCAAUCAAAAUGUUCAAGAACAUUUUGUGAACAUGUCAAGAAUUUGUAACAUCCUGCACUUCCAGGAACUAUUGCAAAAAAAUCUGAUGCACUGUUUUCAAAUCAGUAUUUCUAUGAUUUGAAAUAUGACAGAAGUUUAUUUAUUUGAACAAAAACGAAAUUGUACAAUCGAUUUAAAUAACCUAAGGGAACACCCAAAGACACAAUCUAGAAUAAAAUGUGAUGACUGAUAAGCAAAGUCAGCACUCAGGAUCAGGCAUUUCUCUUCAAGGCAUUUCUUUUAAAUUGGUUCAGAGUCUGAAAUACGGUUUGUAAGUAAAUGAAACUGAUGAGUCAAUCUCAGGUUGAGUGUAAUGAAAUUCUGGAAAUGUCAUAACAUCAAAUCUUCACAUAUUUGCAUCUCUACGGUGGUUCCAUCUCAUUUUGUCAAGGUAAGGCUAUGACUUUACCUGAUAAUAUUUCCCAGUCAACAUAAUUUCAAGAGUCACAAUUUAAGAAGCUGAGAAGACUUAAACUUCUCACUUCUUAAGUAAAACUGUGGUCUGUAUACCAUACAACAUACGCUCUCAAAAUCUUUCCUCAUCCACAGAUCUGCUGUGUGUGACCUGCUGUAAGCAGUGGAAAGUGGUCUAGUCAAUCUGCCAAAAACAAGAACAAACAGAAGCAAAGUUGUGGAAUAGUUUGUGCAGCUUAUGCAAACCCAGUUCAGGAAUGGUUUUUGUGGUACGUUUUUGGUUCAUGACACUUUGCCGUCACAAAAACUAAGUUCUGGUGAUCUGCAAAACUAGAUUCUGCACAUUUCUUUAGUAGUUGCUCAAACGUAUUUGAAUCCAGUUAACAAAUAUGCAGUACAGACCUAAGGUAAAGUCUUUGUCAGUGUUUUUGUUGUUGCUUUAAAUAAAUCUUAAUUAGUAAGACUUCUUUAAUUAUAUUUUCUAAAUACACAAAGUUUAAUAUUCACUAAGAAAAAAAAGUUAAAUCCCCGCCAAAGCUACUCCCCAAUCACUUGAAAGGUGUUACGUUUGACGCUGUGGUUCUUGCUGUGGUGUUUUUUCUUCCUUCUAUCUCUCCUCACUCUCUCUGUGGCUCCCCUGCAUGGUGCUAAUAGUGUCACUGGAUUGUAUUAAGCACAUUUCUGCUCAGCAGCUGCAAGACCUACAAUAUCUGACUGAUACAAAUUGGUAAGUUACUUGCUUCCUUUUUUCAGAAUUUUCCUACUUUCAGUACACAGUAAGCCAUUGAUGAGCAUAUACAGCUUUUAAGUUAAGAUUAACUUUCAAAUUUGAUUAAUUUUACGAUUUUCUUUAGUUACAGCCCAAUAAAUCUUAUGCAUGUUUUGCCAAUAAAUCUCUAAAAGUUGACUUGUGUGCAGUUAUGCUUCCUUAAAGAGUUGUGAUGUUUAAUUUAAAGCGUGAAAAUUUGGCUGGUAAUAAUUUUGACAGUAACUGAUAGGAGGCAGUAAUGCAGGGCAAUGACGGCAAAAUUGAUAUGUGUUGAUUUAAAGAAUAAAAAAGACUAAAAUUCAGAAAAACAAAUAAUUAAAAGCAUAUUCUAAAAGUGUUUCAGAUAAGCUACUGACUUCUCUGCAAAUACACAAAUCUGAAUGUCAACAAUUGCAGCAGAGUUUUAUUUAGAAACCAAAAAAAUACAUAUGAGCAACGGCUUACUUUAUAUUUUAAACAUUUAGAGUGUAUUUUCAUGAAUCUUUACAAAUAAAGAGUCGUUUGUGUUGUUUUUUUUAAUGUCGCAAAGCAAAAAGUUGCUCCUUCUCCCAGACGAGAACAUUAUCAUUCUUCAAUCUAAAUCUAUGUGAAAGUUGCUGAGUUUGUGCAUUACAGACAAACAGCACCGCCAUGUGGCUGAAUCCACGAAGAAAAGAAAAUAAAACAAAUAACUUAAGUAGAAAUUUUUCUUCUUUCUUACAGAUGUGAAUGAUGGUAGACACUGAGAAUCUAUCAGAAAAGUACCAAUGGAGGAACGACCUUGAGGAAUUAUUGGAAAACUAUAGCAAUUACUCUUAUGACGGUGACUUAGACGGAGGUGAUGUUUGCGACCUGAACAAUGGCACAGUUUUUGAAUCCUUGUUUAUACCAACUCUCUACUCGAUGGCGUUUGUUGUUGGUGUCUUGGGGAAUGGACUUCUGCUGGGAGUCCUCUUUCAAAGCAGGAAACGUUGGAGUGUGACAGACACUUUCAUCCUUCAUCUGGCUGUAUCUGAUGUCCUGCUGUUGUUGACCCUGCCGCUCUGGGCUGUACAGUCUGCAAGUGAAGCCGGAUGGGAGUUUGGUUCUGCCCUUUGUAAGAUUACUGGAACUGUUUUUACGAUCAACUUCUACUGUGGGAUUUUUCUCCUAGCCUGUAUCAGUGUUGAUCGUUAUCUAUCCAUUGUCCAUGCUACCCAGAUGUACACCAGAAAGAAGUCCUGGGUUGUUCAUGUGAGCUGCGCUUUGGUGUGGUCGUUUUCUGUGUUCCUCUCCAUCCCUGACUGGAUGUAUUUAGAACCUGCGAAAGAUGACAGACGAGGAAAUAAAGCAGAGUGUAUUCGUAAUUAUAAGAAAUUUGGCUUAGAUGUCAAACAUCAAAAGAUCAUAGGAAGAGGGCUCUACCACACUUUGGGGUUUUUUCUUCCUUCAGUUGUCCUGAUCUUCUGCUACUCCUGCAUCUUGUGGCAGCUGCGAUGUGGCACCAAAGGCCUCCAAAAACAGCGAGCUUUCAAAGUCAUAAUAGCCGUUGUGGCAGUUUUCUUUAUCUGCUGGACACCAUAUAACAUCACCCUUUUGAUAGAUACAGCUGAACUGAACAACAGUAGUAUAGGAUGUGGAACGCAAACAUCUCUGGACAAAGCUCUGACUGUGACUUCGUCUUUGGGAUACCUUCACUGCAGCCUCAAUCCCAUCCUCUACGCCUUUGUGGGUGUGAAGUUUCGCCGUCAACUACUGAACAUCCUAAAGUCGAUGGGCUGCAAACUGAAGACAAAUAUAAAAUUAGAGUCUCUCACCAGGAGAAGCUCUAUUUGGUCAGAUUCUAGAGAAACCUCCAACUCCAUUGCAAUCUGAAGGACGUGUAUGUAGAGAACAAUAUUUAAAGUGUGUUAAAACUGAUGUGGAGACGUGUAAUUUACCGUUUUACUGUCAAGUUACUAAAGGUUAAUAGCAUGUAAUUAGCUGAAAAGGAGAGUGACAUUUAGUAGACAUCUAUUACAUUCAAUUUGCUGCUACAUAGCAGCAACAAACAGACAGCAGUGUUUUUAUAUUUUCCAAUAACGAGGCAGCUAUGUAAGAUACAAUAACUUGGGGUUACAUUUUGUGAGCAAAAGUAAAACUUUUAUGUAAAACACAUUUCAUGUAAAGUAUAGUUGUAUAUAAUUUCUUAUUUUGCUACAUUUAAUA